AUGUCGUUUGUGCCUAAUUUUCCACCAUCUAUUCUACGGAAAGUCGGUGAUCAAGAAACCGAUGAUGGGAAAAAGAAAACAAAGGAAGACUUUAAAAGGAUGAAGGAAAUUGAAGAGGCCCGAAAGUUGGCUGUCAUGCCAGCUAUGAAGGAUGAAGAAGGUCGCGACAUUAAUCCUCACAUACCUCAAUAUAUCAUGCAAGCACCUUGGUAUUUUGGGUCUCUAAAGCCUACAUUAAAGCACCAGCGUAUGCAAGAUGAAGAGAAGAGAGAUGCUCUUGAAGGUGCUGCCAGAGGUUCUUCUGCUCUUAACAAAUGGUAUAAAAGGGGCGUUCAAUUGAAUGCUCCUCGAGCGAAGAAGUUUCGUGAAGGCGCUUGUGAAAAUUGUGGAGCUCUCACACAUGAUCGCAAAAAUUGUCUCGAGCGUCCCAGAAAGGUUGGGGCCAAGUAUACCGGCGUCGAUAUCGCGCCGGAUGAAUUCGAGCAGGAGGAUAUUAAACUCGGAUAUGACGCCAAACGCGAUCGAUGGAAUGGUUACGAUGCUCGUGAACAUCAAAGAUUCAUUGCAGAAUUUCAGCGGCUUGAGGAGGCGAGGAAGAUCGUUAAGGCAAAAAAAAUUGAAGAAAAGCUUGCUGAGGCUACUUCAAAGAGCGAAGAACAGGAACCUGGGUCCUCCAAACCCAACUUAGAUGAUGAGGAGGGCGAUGACGAUCGUUACGGUGAUGAGUUGGAUAUGCCUGGACAGAAAUUCGACAGCAAGCAACGUCAGUCCAUCCGAAACCUGCGUAUUCGUGAGGACACCGCUAAGUACCUUUACAAUCUCGAUCCCAACAGUGCUUACUAUGAUCCCAAGACGCGUGCAAUGCGCGAAAAUCCUUUCGAGAAUUCCGGUAAGUCAGAAUCAGAAGUCCCUUUCGCUGGUGACAAUUUUAUCCGUAAUGAUGGGGACGCACCGGCAAUGCUCAAGCGCCAGGUAUUCGCUUGGGAGAUGCAGAACAAGUUGGGUCUGGACCUGCAUCUACAAGCUGAUCCUACUCGAUUGGAGUUACUUGCAAAGAAGGUCUCUAUGGCUAAGGAGGAAGCGCAUUCUGCAAUUAGGGAGGAGAUUUUGGAGAAGUAUGGAGGAAGGGAGCAUCUAGAAGCACCGCCGAGGGAUUUAUUGCUUGGACAGUGGGAAAGUUAUGCGGAGUACACACCGACUGGACGGGUACUUAAGGGUUCAGAAAAGGCAACGGUGAAGUCACGUUAUGAAGAAGAUGUUUUUCCGAAGAACCACACGUCCGUAUGGGGCUCAUAUUGGUAUGCGGGCCAGUGGGGCUACCGUUGCUGCCACUCCCUUAUCAAGGAGUCCUACUGUAUGGGGGAGAAGGGCAAGGCUAACGCUGCACUCCCUAACACCAUCACUCCCACUCCAAGCACUACCGCCACGACCCCUGCCGCUUGUAGCGAUGCUGUUCCAAACCUUCCAGAAGUCCCACCAGAUGCUCAAAUCGGCUCCAGUGUCCUUGAGCCCCUUCUCUCCAUCUCCCAUUCAACAGAAGAUCUCGUCGACCCCAAGAGCAAAUAUUCUGAAGUUCGCUCCGAGAGCGAAGAAGAUGAGGCGAAAGCUGAGGAGAAAGCCCGUAUAAGACGAGGGGAGUUUGAACGUUCAAAAGAACGUCGUAAACGUCGGGCUAAGAAGAGGAAAGAGAAGAAAAACAAGUCGAAAUCCCGUCGCGCAAAGAAGCAUAAGAGGUCAAAAAGGAGUCGUAGCAGAUCAUGUUCAAGCAGCAGCAGCGAAAGUAGUUCAAAUGAUAGUGAAUUGGAAGAUGAAGAGACUAAGAGGGAGAAGAAGGUGCAAGAGGAGAUGGAGAAGGAGAGGAAGAGACUGGCUGAAGUGGAGAGACUUAUGGCAAUGGAUGAACGCCAGAGACCCUAUCAUUCUCUCAGCGUGAAUGAUGGACAUGUACCCACGCAAGAGGAAAUGGAAGCUUAUUAUAGGUUGAGACAGGAUCCAAACGACCCAAUGACCCAUUUUAAAGAUUAA